CAAGAGAUGUACUUCCUGCAGCGCUUCCAAGCAGUUAAGGUAUCAUGAAGCAGUAACUACGUCGUCUGCCUUAAAAUCUUCUACUGGUAUUUUAGGUCAGUUCUGUGUGUUAUAAUGAUGUGGAGCAGAAUAUUGAGUCCUCGUCUAAUUGGUAGAUCAAGUUUACAUUGGAGGAGUCUGUUCACUAUGAAGCUGAAGACCAGUGAGUUCCAGUCUCUGUUCAGCGACGGACUGAAUGGGUUAGCAGAGGUGUUUGGGAAGCACCAGUAUGAGCUAAGGAUAGCUGGAGGUGCUGUACGGGACCUGCUGUCUGGGAGGCGACCGGAUGAUGUGGACUUUGCCACAACAGCCACUCCAGAGGAGAUGAAGCAAAUGUUCCAUAGGGCUGGGAUCAGGAUGAUCAACAACAAAGGAGAGAAGCAUGGGACCAUUACAGCAAGAAUACACAAUGAGAACUUUGAGGUGACCACGUUGCGAGUGGAUGUCCAGACAGAUGGACGUCAUGCAGAGGUGGAAUUCACCACUGACUGGCAGAAGGAUGCUGAGCGAAGGGACCUCACCAUCAAUUCCAUGUUUUUAGGUCUUGAUGGCACAUUAUAUGACUAUUUUAAAGGGUAUGAGGAUCUGCAGAAGCGUAAAGUUAGGUUUGUUGGCAGUGCUGAACAAAGAAUGCAGGAGGACUACCUGAGAAUAUUGCGUUAUUUCAGGUUCUAUGGCAGAGUGGCUGUGGAGCCUGAUGACCAUGAGCCAGAAACACUGGCUGCCAUCAGGAAAAAUGGCCGUGGCCUCGCCAUAUCAGGAGAAAGAAUUUGGAUGGAACUAAAGAAAAUGGUGGUUGGUAACCAUGUUGAUCAUCUGUUGGAGCUGAUGUACAGUCUGGAACUGGCUCAGUACUUAGGUUUACCUCCAGAUGGCAACGUUAAGGAGAUGAAGCGAGUGUGGCAGAAUACCAAAGAACACUCUCCUAAACCCAUGACCGUCCUGGCUUCUCUCUUCCACCGCCCAGAGGAGGUGGAAAAGAUGGACCUCCGACUGAAGGUAUCCAGGGAGGAGAAGACUCUGGCUCUGUUCCUGGUCAAACACAGACGAGAGCUCCUCAAAAACCAAGAUGAGCCACAAAGCCUCAAGCCCUACACUGACUUUAUCAUUGACAGUCGGGAGCUGGAUUCCAAGACCAAAGUGUGUGAGCUACUUAAGUAUCAAGGUGAGGAGAAGCUUCUGGAAGAGCUGUGCAGGUGGUCCAUCCCUCACUUCCCCGUCAGUGGCCAUGACCUCAGAAAGAUAGGUGUCACCACAGGCAAAGAGAUAGGUGCCACUCUACAGAAUCUCCGUGACAUCUGGAAGAGUCGUUAUCAGAUGGACAAAGAUGAACUUCUCAGCUACGUGAAGACGUAGCAGAGACAAAAAGAGACUGUCGGUUUUUGCUGAGAAAAGGCCACUUCAAGUGCUGAGACAUAAACAAAUGAAUUUCAUUUUAGAAUAAUGACACUUUAGUUAACCAUUCUUUAACUACAAAGACAUCAGAAACACAAUUUUAUUUUAGCAUCACAGCUGCUACCAAAUGAGAAAAUGUAUUAUGGACAAAAGCAGCUAAAGCCGCUACUUUUGUAAUUAGAAAUGAGAGCGUGUUGAUGUGCAAAUUGAAAUCUUAACUCUCAAUCCGUCAAUGUUUAUAAUAUAAAGAUACAUUGGAAAGCUUAAGUUUGGUUUGGGUUUCUCAUCAUUUCAAAUGCCGCCACCGGUAUGUUUUCUUUUCUUUGUGUAAAGACUGUUCAAUAAAAAGUGUGGCCACACGA